AUGUCCGACAUUGACCGGUUCUCCAUUGUCACGCUUGUGCUAUUCUUUCUCUCGACAAUAUUCGUCAUUCAACCUCUAUCUUUCCACGUCCGACUACCUUUUAUUGGGCGGACCCGCCUCACAAUCGGACUCAUGACUGCGCCGAUUAUUGCAAUAGCAAUUCUUUGGGCUGCUCAGUGCAUCGGAGCAACCCAGAUUCGCGACGGCAUUGUGGGAACCGAUAAUAUCAAGCCUUACAACAUCCUCAUCCUCUUCAUCUCCCUGGCCUAUAUGGCCAUCACCCUCGAUGUCACUGGAAUUCUGCAGGCAGCUGCAUUUUGGCAUGAUUGUGGGGAACGACCCCAUUAUUCUCUCGGGCACGGCUUUCUCGUGUACUACACGGCUGCGACAGGGCUUGAGCCUAUCGCAUGGCUCAUCUCCGAGUUCGCAGCGGCCAACACAGCCAGCAUGGUCCUCUUUGUGGGGAAUCCAACCAAUGUCGUCAUCUGCGAAGGAUUUCGGAUCAACAACGCAGCAUUCACGGCGUAUACCAUCCUCCCUUUCCUAGCAUGCAGUGUGGCGUGCUAUGCAGGGCUUGCGUUCCAGUUUCGAGGCGAGAAGCACGUUCCUCGGAGAUUGAACGCCAUGGGGGAGCUGAAACCGCGCGAGGUCCUGCGUGACCCCGUCAGCGCAUGCUUUGGAAGCAUUCUGCUCGCCGUCUGUCUCACUGUCGUCAUCGUCCUCAGUUUCUUCCACAUCGACGUGUGGAAGAUUGUCCUUCCAUUCGCAGUGGCCAAGUUUAUUUUCGACCUCUCAUGGGAUCACUACCGUUACGUCACAGACCGUAUACCACGGCUUGACGCCAAAGCAGCGUCUGAAGGACAUCCGGGCGACGAAGAUGCAAUGGUCAGCGAACUGAAGAGGGCAAUGUCGAUGCCGACCUCGCAAGCACCAACAGAAAUGACGGAUGUCGAGCGCCGGCCUACGUUCGCCUCCGUAACGGCCACUUCAUCCGAGAUCGCCGCUAUCACAAUCCCCAAAGCCCGUUCACCCUCCCCAGAAAGCUCCAAAACCAUCUCACAAGCUCCAGAACCCCGAAUAUUCGCGGAGCAGCGCGAGAAGCUCGCCAUAGUUCACAGACGGCUCGCGGCACACUUCCCCACUUUCUUCACGGCCCUUCCACGCCUGCCGUUCGGCCUCAUCCCGUUCGCGUUUUCUCAGUUCAUUCUCAUUGAAGGGCUUGCACGGCAAGGGUGGAUAGAUGUGUUCGCUACGUGGUUCGUCAAGGCUUCGCAUCGCCAGAUGAUCCCAGCUGUAUGGCUAGUGGGCUUCCUUGGUGUGAUCUUGUGCAAUAUUUCUGGAACGAACAUCGGAGCAACCAUUCUGCUAACAAAAAUAGUGCGCGUAGCUGAGCUACCGGAUAGUUCUGCGAGAGCGGCGGCUAUCUCACUUGCUGUGGCUAGUAAUAUCGGUGCGGUCAGCUUCACAUUCUCUGCAAGUCUGGCUGGCCUUUUGUGGCAGUCAAUAUUGAAACAGAAAGGCAUAACAUUUCGGCAAUUAGAUUUUGCCUUUUGGAACACACUUCCGUUGAUCCUCAUGACUGCUGUCGGUCUGGCAAUUGUGACCGCCGAAAUGGUCGUUCUGUACUAA